UGUGUUUUCUGCGCGUGAGUGUGUGUGCUGAACUGAGCGGAGGUGAAGAAGAGGAGGAUGAAGCUGGGAGCGGAGGAUGGGAGGAAGAGUGGAGUAAGAGACAGGCUAGCUGUGUGUGAAUGAGUGAGUGAGUGAGGAAGAGGAAGGUCGUCCGAGGGACCGAAAACAAAGACUUGUAUUUUUGGGAAUAACCUCCGGAGCAUUGCUAACGGAAACUUUCAACUUUUUACCCGCCACAGCUCGGAUUGUUGUGCCCGGAGCCGGCUUUGUUUCGCGGCGGGGGUGUCUACGAUAAAUGAAGGAAUAAAAUAGAUCCCCAUCGACCUUUUUCUACCCAAGCGGGGAAUACCCUGGGACUGCUUUUGAUAAAGGUUAAGAGAGAAUGGCGGCCAACAUGUACCGAGUGGGAGAUUAUGUCUACUUUGAGAACUCCUCCAGUAACCCUUACCUGAUUCGGAGAAUAGAAGAGCUCAACAAGACAGCCAAUGGGAAUGUGGAAGCAAAGGUGGUGUGUCUGUUCAGGAGGCGAGACAUCUCAGGCAACCUCAACACUCUGGCUGACAGCAAUGCAAGAGAAUUUGAGGAGGAGUCGAAGCAGCCGACACUGUCUGAACAACAGAAACACCAGCUCAAACACAGAGAACUCUUCCUGUCUCGACAAUUUGAAUCUCUACCUGCUACUCACAUACGGGGGAAAUGUAACGUCACUCUUCUCAAUGAAACCGAUGUUUUGGCUGGAUACCUGGAGAAAGAGGACUGUUUCUUCUACUCGUUGGUGUUCGACCCUGUCCAGAAGACCCUCCUGGCAGACCAGGGUGAGAUCCGAGUCGGCUCCAAGUACCAGGCUGAAAUUCCUGACAAGCUAGCUGAGGGUGAAUCAGACAACAGGAUCCAGGAAAAGCUGGAAACUAAGGUGUGGGACCCCAACAACCAGCUCAAAGACCCUCAGAUCGACCAGUUCCUGGUGGUGGCAAGAGCUGUGGGGACGUUUGCUCGGGCCCUGGACUGCAGCAGCUCCAUCCGUCAGCCCAGCCUUCACAUGAGUGCAGCUGCAGCCUCCAGAGACAUCACACUGUUCCAUGCUAUGGACACAUUGCAGAAGAACAACUAUGACCUGGCCAAAGCCAUGUCCACCCUGGUUCCUCAGGGCGGUCCAGUGCUCUGCCGUGAUGAGAUGGAAGAGUGGAGUGCCUCUGAGGCUAUGCUGUUUGAAGAGGCUCUGGAAAAAUAUGGCAAAGACUUUAACGAUAUCCGCCAAGACUUUCUGCCCUGGAAGUCGCUAGCCAGCGUUGUCCAGUUCUAUUACAUGUGGAAGACUACGGACCGCUACAUCCAACAGAAACGACUAAAGGCAGCAGAGGCAGAUAGCAAACUGAAGCAGGUGUACAUCCCCACCUACACCAAACCCAACCCCAAUCAGAUCAUGGUGCCAGGCAGCAAGCCUGGAAUGAACGGGGCAGCAGGCUUUCAGAAAGGACUCAGCUGUGAGAGCUGCCAUACUGCCCAGUCUCCACAGUGGUAUGCCUGGGGACCCCCAAACAUGCAAUGCAGACUGUGCGCCUCCUGCUGGAUCUACUGGAAGAAGUACGGAGGUCUGAAGACCCCCACACAGCUAGAGGGUGCUGCUAGAGCUGGCUCUGAAUCAGGCCCCCGCAGUCACAUGACACGCCAGGAGGUCCAGGGCAUGUCACCAUUUACCCGCAACGAGGGUCGAGCCAAGCUGCUGGCCAAGAAUCGCCAGACCUUCAUCCUGCAGACCACCAAGCUGACCCGCAUCGCCCGGCGGGUGUGUGAGGAUAUCCUGCAGCCGCGGCGUGCAGCACGACGGCCCUACGCCUCGAUCAAUGCCAACGCUGUCAAGGCUGAGUGUAUGAUCAGGCUGCCCAAAGCCACAAAAACUCCUCUAAAGAGCAAACUGGUGCCUCGACAGACACUGGACAACAUAGUGAAGGAUUUAGCCAUUUCAGCUCCUCUGAAACUGAAGGCGUCCAGAGGACCCCCGACACCUAUCAACAGGAACCAGGCCAGCCAGCCUCGAGUGGGCCAAAGCCUGUUGGGAAAGAGAGGCUUUGACAGCACUACAGGUGUGCCAUACCCAGCCAAUGGGAGGCCAUAUACUUCAGGUAUGAGGACCACCUCCCAGUCGGUCAUCAAGAGGCAGAAGGUCAGCCAGGGUGAAGCCCCCAACCCUGUGGUGUUUGUUGCCACAAAGGACACCAGGGCUCUGAGGAAACAUCUGACCCAGUCAGAGAUGCGCCGGGCAGCAAGGAAACCUCAUCUCCUGGUCCGGAUCAAGCUGCCACCACCGCCCCGCUCCCUGGCCAUGCCCCUCCUGCCCUCCAGCACCAGCGAACCCAUUGUCCUGGAGGACUAAAUAGGAGGGACGGGGGUCUUUUAACAGGACAUAGGGGUGGGAUGGGAGUUGGGGAGGGUCUGUGCUCAGGCCAUCACUUACAGGCUGUAUGCCAUACAGUAGUCUUUUUUUUUUUUUUUCUGUUUUCAGUGUCAUCUUUCUUUAGUCCUCUGUUACUUCCCAAAAGUUGACGUGUCUCUCACACACACACACACACAGACACACACGCAUGCACGCACACGUACACAUAAGCAAAUUUUCAUGCAAACACACAUCAACGCACUUGGGCUUUGUAGUGUUUUAUUCCAGACCCUGAAUUACUUUACUCCCUUUUUAAUGCCAUCUGUUUUUAAACGUGUAAUUUAAAUCAAGAUAUUUUUCAUCCUGAAACAACGGUGAUAAAGCACACUUUGUUUUUACUCCACGUCUCUAUCUUUGUGUAAAUAUAUGCAUCCUGUGUGGGACAGCUGUAGCAGGCUGAAGGUCUACUUUGGUUUGAUUUGAAGAGUUCACUCUACAAUCCUCUACUCCAUUCCAGUGGUGCAAUCUACCAGCUACUAAUUGUAGCCAGUGGACCAGGGGCAGGGUGAUUGGUCAAGUUGAGGAGACAUAUUUGCAGAACUGCCCUUAUACAGUGUUAACGCAGAGUUUUAUCCAUCUACUGCCAUUUUCGUUUUCUCUGAGAUUACAUCACUCACCAGGAGCAGACCUGACAGCCAUUAAUAAAUCCUUCUCUAUGAGGUUCAUCCCGUUUGCACCCCCCUUACAUCCUCCAUUGUAUGGAAGCCUAUCCAAAAAUAUUCAGUGAGCACAAAACAAGUUGAGCUGUGUGAAAGUAGAGAUUUGAGUGUGCAGAAACCAUGUGUGAAAGUAUAAUGUUGAGUGUAAUUUUUUUUUUUUGAAACUGGCAAGAGUUUGAGUCCAUUUGAACAAGCAGUUGGGCUUUGUCUACUCACUAUUGUCCAAGCUGCUUGCUUAGUUUUCACGUCCGAUCAGACUGCAUCACUAUGUCAAAAGCUUAAACUGAGAUAAAUGCUGUCCAAACUGCCACAUGCCUUUUUUAACCUUUCAUUUAGUAACUGUUCUCAAACAUUCAGAUUUUACCUGAACAAGAGGAAAAUGCAACAGAUUUAAAAAUGAGUGCACCUAAACCCCUCCCCUUUUUUUUUUUUUUACACUUUUUUUUUUAUAGCUUAAAAUUAAUUGUAACCCUUGACCUACUUAUCUUGAUUCAAUUGCCUCGUUUUGUUUUGUGCUCACGAUAUAGUUUGGAGACAAAUAGACUUCCAUACAUUUCUGCCAUCUAGAGGUGUCACAGUACACACAGUAAGAAACUGGACAGGGGUUAACCUUGGAGUCAAGCCCUAUAUAGUGUUUCCUUUGCUGUCUGUUUACUGGCACAGUGCUAUUACAGUCACUUUUAGCCAGUUUGAAGAGAGAAUAGUCAGGUUGCCAUUCUCUUGACCACAUCCUGCAAUGUUAGAACAGGUAGUCUGGAAGCAAAGGAGAGAUUCUCCUAAUUUAAGGAUUGUGGAUAUCAUGGAUUUGCACCAGUUGCUGUGUGACCUGCCAUGAUCAGAGAACACAUCUGGUUUUGAGGUACUAUGUUUAGAUUCUGAAAAAGUCCAAAAUGAAGCUAUAUUGUGCAAAAUAAAGAAAAAUAAAAGCUGAUGUCCGUUGUGGGUAAACUCUGAACCCUUUGUUCUGUUAAAGCCACAACAAUUCUGACAAUGUACUGUUGGGCUGGUUUGAAUGAAAUUGACAGUUAAUUUACUGGUCAGUUGAUAAAAGUCUGUUAAAUAAAGCAGCAAUAUGUAAAUGUACGGAAGAGAAUUAGGGCCAAACAUUUUGCUCCAAAGUUAUCAUCUAAAAAUGUGAAAACUUUUUCUUAAUUUUUGAUUAUUUCACGUGGCCUUAAUCCUCCUCUGUAAAUGUGUGAUGAAGCAGAACAGAAGCAAUGUUCUUGAUUGUGAUUGGGUAUGACAACGACGUGAAAGGAAUCUUCCACUGUCUCAACUUGUUCUUUCAUUUGCUUUGUUUAUUUUAGUCCCCCUCCUCCCGUUUGUACUGUAAUCAAAGGGUGAGUACUAAAAAUAAGUUGUUAAUUGGAUAAUUAUAAUUCCUGUGAAUCCCCACAGCAGUGAGGGGUUGCACUGGUUUUAUAAGCAAGUUUGGUCCCAAUGUGGGCUUUGUAAUAUUUCUCAAACGAAAAAAAAGAAAAGAAAUUGAAGUGUUGAGUUUGUAGCAAAUACUAAUGUGUGUAAAGAAAAGUGGCAUAUUGGAAACUUUUUUUUACAUCUAAACUGUAAUUUUGCUCCAUUAUCGUGGAGAUGGCUCUAAUAUGCUACUGUACAUGUGAAACAUCUCUCCUUCAUAGGGUGGGUGGGCUGGUCAUUUCAACAGGGGAGACAUUCAAAAGGGACAGGGUGCUGAUUUUUGUAUGAUGGAGAGACAAACAUGAUACAAUUGAAACUUUUUCUCAAGUGUUUUUUAUUCCAAUGUCUCUGUAUCCUUUAAUGUAUCUUGAUAAGAAAAGAAAUAAAGAUUUUUUUUUCUUCGUGGUCAGA